AUGAUGAAAACAGUACUUCUUAUUAUUUGCUUGGCUUCAAUAAUUCAUAGUUCGAAAGUACCAGAAAACUUAGAAGAAAUUUAAAUGAGAGUCGAUAGAACAGUCAAAUAAAUCGAAUAAUCUGCUGAAGUAAUUAAAAAACGAAUUCUUGAAUAGGAAAUUGAAUCAACCCAAAAGAAUCAAGAAACAGAAGAUAUUAAUAAUUAAGUGAAAGUAAAUGUAGAGUAAAGUGAAAAUCAAUAGGAAAUUAAUAUCCAAUAAGAUAUUGAACAAGAAAAUAUUCAAUCAUAAUAAACUAAUAAUGAUGAUGUUGUAUCUUAAGUUGAAACAAUCAUAACUUCUGAUAAUAAUGAGAAUAUCAAUUAAAAUAAUGAAUCUUAGGAGAGUUAAACUUAAGAUUCUAACAAGGAAGAAUAAUAAGAAGAUGAUUUAUGCAUCUCUUAAAAUUGUUCAUAGCAGAAUGAAUAAAAUGAUAAUACACAAGAACAAUAGAAUUAAUAAUCAAAUGAGGAUUAGUAAAACGAAAAUGAUUUAGAAGUAAAUUAAAUUCCAUAAGAUGAUGGAAAAAUAGAAGAAGUGAUAUUAAAUGAUGAAAAGAAGGAAUAAGAAAUCUAAGUAGAUUAAAUUAAAGUGGAAUAAGAAUAAGUAUAAGAAUAAGAAUAAGUAUAAGAAUAAGAAUAAGAAUAAGAAUAAGAAUAAGAAUAAGAAUAAGAAUAAGAAUAAGAAUAAGAAUAAGAAUAAGAAUAAGAAUAAGAAUAAGAAUAAGAAUAAGAAUAAGAAUAAGAAUAAGAAUAAGAAUAAGAAUAAGAAUAAGAAUAAGAAUAAGAAUAAGAAUAAGAAUAAGAAUAAGAAUAAGAAUAAGAAUAAGAAUAAGAAUAAGAAUAAGAAUAAGAAUAAGAAUAAGAAUAAGAAUAAGAAUAAGAAUAAGAAUAAGAAUAAGAAUAAGAAUAAGAAUAAGAAUAAGAAUAAGAAUAAGAAUAAGAAUAAGAAUAAGAAUAAGAAUAAGAAUAAGAAUAAGAAUAAGAAUAAGAAUAAGAAUAAGAAUAAGAAUAAGAAUAAGAAUAAGAAUAAGAAUAAGAAUAAGAAUAAGAAUAAGAAUAAGAAUAAGAAUAAGAAUAAGAAUAAGAAUAAGAAUAAGAAUAAGAAUAAGAAUAAGAAUAAGAAUAAGAAUAAGAAUAAGAAUAAGAAUAAGAAUAAGAAUAAGAAUAAGAAUAAGAAUAAGAAUAAGAAUAAGAAUAAGAAUAAGAAUAAGAAUAAGAAUAAGAAUAAGAAUAAGAAUAAGAAUAAGAAUAAGAAUAAGAAUAAGAAUAAGAAUAAGAAUAAGAAUAAGAAUAAGAAUAAGAAUAAGAAUAAGAAUAAGAAUAAGAAUAAGAAUAAGAAUAAGAAUAAGAAUAAGAAUAAGAAUAAGAAUAAGAAUAAGUAUAUGAAUAAGUAAAAGAAUAAGUAUAUAAAUAAGAAUAAGAAAUUUAAGUAGAUUAAGUUAGAGUGGAAGAAUAAGAAUAAGAAAUUAAUAAUGUUUAAGAUAAUGAAUAAACAUAAGAGUAACAUUAACAUCAUGAACAUAUACAUGCAGAAAAUGUUGAACAUGUACAUACUCAUGAACAUCAUGAUCAUACUCAACACAAUACACAUGAUCAUAUUAAUUAACAUGCCAAUGAUCAUACACAUGAACAUGAACAUGAACAUAACCAUGAUCAUACACACCAUCAUACACAUGAACAUACUCAUGAUCAUACACAUCAUUAUCAUUAUUAAUAUGAAGAAUAAACUCAUACAAGUUAAAAUUUAUAAAACGGAUGGUAAGUUCAAUUAAGUUUUGUUCCUAAUUUUUGUGAGAUUAAGUAAAAAAUUAUAAACUUUUAAAAUCAAUUACCAACAUUAUUAGGAAAAUAUCUUCCUAAUUCAAAAUAAGAUUAAGUAAAUUAUAGUGUUUUAAUUGUGUCAUUCCCUUCAUUACCUAUAUUUUUAUUGCUUUUGAUUGUAAUAAUUCAAUAUUAUAUUAUAGACUGUUGGAAUUAGAAAUAGAGGAACAACAAUUUAAUAUAUGAUAGCAUUUUCAUUUGGAACUAUGUUAGGAGAUGUAUUUUUCCAUAUGUUACCAUAAAUCUUAGGAACUCAUUCCCAUUCUCAUGAUCAUCAUAAUCAUGAUCAUCAUGAACAUGAGCAUGAUAAUCCUUAAAUUUGCUUAAUUUUAGGUGGUGUCUUAUUAUUUGCAUUUGUUGAUUUAUUUAUUAUUAAAUUGAAAAAUUUGAGAGGAAAAAGAGAUGAAUCUCAUGAUCAUGAACACAAUAACUCAAUUAUUGUAUUUUUAUUUGGAGACUUUCUUCACAACUUUACAGAUGGUAUUGCAUUAGCAGCAACUUAUUCUAUCAGUUUAGCAUCUGGAAUUACAACUACAAUUGCUAUAUUUAUGCAUGAAAUUCCUCAUGAAGUUGGUGAUUUUGCAUAUUUAUUAAAAUAAGGUAAAUGUGUUUUCGUUAUUCUAUCAACUUAAAUCUUCACUUCUAUAGGAUGUUUAGCAGGAGGAUAUGUUGGUAAUUUGUAUUUUUUAAUUUAGGAUUACACUUUGCUUAGACCUUUUAAUAAGAACUAUUAUGUCUAACUUGUGGAAGUUUCCUCUAUGUAGCAUUAGUUAAUAUCUUACCAGAAUUGAAAUAAUCAUUUUCAUAUAGACCUAAAUUAGAAAGAUUGAUCAUUAAUCUAAUUUCUAUUGCAGCUGGUUUAUAUUUAAUGAAGUUUGUAGGAUAAUUAGAAUGA